GUCUUUGUAGCCUUCUGAUCUUCUUCUCUCUGUUCUUUUAGUAUAGUUGUAAUGUAGUAUUUUAGUAUAAUAUAUAACAUAAUAAAUCAGCCUUCUGAUGAAAAUGGAGUCAAGCCUCGUGUCCUCACACAAGGGGCAGCCUAAACAAGAAUUGGUGACCCCUGGACGUGUGAAACUGGUCACCCCAGGAGUGACCACGGAGUCCAGCCUGGAGCUGAAGAAACGAGACCCUGAAGAUGGGCAGAGUUCACAGCCGUGGCUGCAAACAGGAGAACCUGUUGGACUUUCCUGGAGAUUGUGUCCAGAGACCGCAGAGCAGCAGAGCUGCACAGCUGGAUCCACAAGGACACUGUCUAAAGAUCUUUGGGAGUUCAUGGACGCUGCUUUUGAGUGGACAAAGGACCAGGGUGUUACACACCCAACAAUGUAUGGAGUGCACCUAUGGCUCUUAUUCUGUAUUUUGGAAAAAAGGGAGGCUGCGGGGGACAUCAUUGCUCGGUGGCCCCGUCGCGCUCCGUUCCCACCAGGUUCGGCACGAGAGAAGCCUCCCAAAGAAGACGAACCGCGGGUUCGCAGCCCCCCCGCAUUGCCCACGGCUGAGCAAAAGUUUUUCUCCGCUCCCUUGGAGCAUGAGCAGACAGAGCUGCCUUCCCCCCCCCCCGCUCCUUCUCUUGGGGGGGAUGGGAAGCCGGCCCCGCCGCUUUCCGGGCCAGUCCCGCCCACUUCGCCGCGGAAUUCUCCACUCCCCCCACCCCGGGGGGACGCGGGUCCGCCUCAGCCAGCCCCGCGGGAGGCACCGGACCCUGUGGCUCCGCCUCAGCCAGCCCCGCGGGAGGCACUGGACCCCGCGGCUCCGCGUCACCCGGCCCCGCGGGAGGUGCCGAAGCCGGCGGCUCCGCCCGCGGCCCCGCCACCUCCCGCCGAUCCGCCCGUGUUGCCAGGCAACGCGAUCAACAACAAUGGUUCCCUGGCGCCGCGACCCGCGGCUGUGCUGCUGUCCCUGGGAGCUGCAGGAGCUGCCUCCGUGCCUUCUCCCUCUGCAUCACCGCCGGCAACUGAAUUCGCAACGGCGCAGGCGGCGCCUGCGCGGGCCGAUCCCGUGCCGAGCCCGCCGCCCCCGCCUGUCCCGCCGCUCCCUGCCGACCCAAUUGCAGUGCAAGAGCAUGCCGAGAAUGGUGCUGAGCCCACGGGACCGCCUCAAGAGCCGACACCAGCGCCCGUGCUGCCCGCACCACCCACCCCAGUUGUCCCGCCAGUUUCCGAAGCUCCAUCACUCGCAUCAGACCCUGCGAAGAGCCUGUCCUUCCGUGGAGGAGGCGUGGCCCGCCAGCUGACCGCAGGAGCAGUUCGGCUGGCUGUGUUCAAAAUCAGUGUGGUUCGCGGGUCAUUUCGCGUGUGGUUGGGGGCUUCUCCCUGGGGGUUGGGGUGCCUGCCUCCCCCCGAGCGCCCCAGUGCUGUGGGGGAGUUGGGUCCUGGAAAUUCUGCCUCUGGUCCCCAGCCCAGAGGGGAUGGUGGUGCCGAGGGGCAGAAAGCAGGAGCAGUGCCAUUUGCAUUGCAGGAGCAAGAGACACAGAGCAAAGCAAGCAUUGCUCGCUUGCUCUGGGGACAAGAGUCCCUCAGAUGUGGGAUGAAAAUUCCUGAGAAAGCUUCUCUUCCCGAGCUGCCGGUGUGCACCGGUGCUGCUGGGGGGAGGAAGCAUUGGGUCAUUUCUGCACUCAAGACACUGGCAGCAUGGUCCUGCCAGGUUCUGAGCACACAGAGCCCGCCUCACAGGCUGGUUCUGGGCCCUUUGGCUCAUUUCCCUGGGCCAGGGCCACCGCCCCAUCCAGUGCUGGGUUUGGGGACUUUGCUUUCCCCACAGGGACCUGGGCCACCAUUCUGUGAGCCAGGUCUGGGUUCUCUGGUCCAUCCACCAGGACCAGGGCCACCCAAGGGUUCUAGAGACCCUCUGCUGCUGCUCUUCUUCUUUUGGAAAAAAAAAAAAAAAUUAAUGAAGAAAAGUAGAAAGAGCUAGCAGCUCAAAAGCAUUGAAAAGCCAAAAAUUAGCCUCAGCCCAAGUGGUUCAAUGAAGGGCUGUGGCCAGGGCAUUCCAGAAUUUUCUCUCUGAAUUGUUCGAUGACUGUCAAGGGAUUUUGAUAAUUCUUGUUGGUUUUCGUUACCAGUUCUUUGUUUCAGAAUUCUGCAAGCCUGUUUCAGGACCAAAAAGGACUUCCAGAGAUGUCAAAGAGGAACAUCUUCAGUCCAUAGACUCUGUCCUGAAAUUCAGCUGUUUGGACUUGAAACAAUGAACUUUCUUUGCAUGAGUUUUUACAUUUUCUUAUAAUUUUUAAGAUUGUUUUAGUGAUAUGAUAGAAUUUAAUGUUUGAUAGGUGAAGAAUUUCCCUGAAUGUUCUACAGGUGAAGAAUUUCCCUGACCAUUCCACAUCAGCAGUUGAUUGAGAUUUUGAUUGGCAACAGAUGAACCUCAAGUGGUGUUUGUUCUCUCUUCUGCAAGGGCCCAGUAGAAGAGAUUGCAAACAUUUCUUUUUCUAUUUAAUUUAAUAAAUUUAAAAGGGUGAGAUGUAGCCAUGAUAUUUUAGUGAAAAAGCCUCUGCUAGGAUUUUUCCUGUCCUGAGGAGCUGAGAGCCUCAGGAAAGAAAUGUAAACAAUAACUAUCUGCUGCUGUGGAAGGCCACAGGUGCAUCUUUCAUUGGUCCAUGUGGAUUGUUUUCAAUCAGUGACCAAUCACAGCCACCUGUGCCAAGGCUGUGAGCAGUCACAGGAUUUUGUUAUGCAUUCCUAUUCUAUUCUUGUCUUUGUAGCCUUCUGAUCUUCUUCUCUCUGUUCUUUUAGUAUAGUUGUAAUGUAGUAUUUUAGUAUAAUAUAUAACAUAAUAAAUCAGCCUUCUGAUGAAAAUGGAGUCAAGCCUCGUGUCCUCACACAAGGGGCAGCCUAAACAAGAGUGACAGUCGACCCUCAUGAGGCUGCGGGACGCCCCACCUGCCUGUGGUGCUGCCGGCUGUGCCUGCUGGGAGCGUCGGUGGCGGAGGAGCUGUUUGGACACUGCGGCAGGACAGAGACCCACUUUGGUAUACCGUGUGUGAUAAAGAGAGCGAGAACAAGGAGGAGGAGGAAGACCCAUCUGGGAAAUGCAGAUUGUAUGUGGAAGGAUUAGGAUUUUCUUUAAGGAUUUCGUUAAGUUCAGUGGAAAAAUGAAUUAUUUUAAGCUGUGGGAACAUGAGUACCCACAGGCAGUAGUGGGGGGGGGACGGGACGCGACACUAGAACAAGAACAGAAUAAGUCCCUAUAUGAACUGGUUAGAAAGAUACAGCAACUGUAUGUAACAAAGGAUGAGGAAAAGGCAAAGGUGAUGGCAGAGUUUUUAGAGCCCUGGAGGAAUAAACCACAGAACCCAAGGAGCUCCCCAGGAUAGAAGAGACAGGGUUGGCCACAAGGAAGUGGCAGAGGCAUUCCCUCCCCAGCGGGGGAGAGCCAACGCAAACAGCGGUAGGGAAAGAAUCA